CCCGCUUCCUCCCCGCCCCCCUUCCUUUCGGCUCGGCUCCCCCCUCCCCGGGCCCUGCCGGCCUCUCCCCCCCUCCCGCCCGUCCCUCCCCCCCACCUCCGGAGCUGGGAAGAGAGUCAAGAUGGCGGCCAAGUCCGAUGGCGGCGGCGUGGGGGUGGGCUUCGCCCAGCUGCACAACCUGGACGAGGCGGUGGGCAGCGGCGGCGACGAGGACGGGGAGCCCGGGGGCGGCGGCGGCGGCGACGAGCCGGGCGAGAGCAGCUCGCUGCACAUCUGCCACUGCUGCAACACCUCGUCGUGCUACUGGGGCUGUCGCUCCGCCUGCCUGCGCUCGCUGCUGGGCAGGAAGCCGCGCCGCAGCGCCGCCGCCGCUGCCGCCGACGGGGGGGACCAGCCGCUGCAGCCGGGCGCCCCCGGCCGCCCCCCGCCGCCCUCCGGGCCCCCGCCGCCGCCGCAGGGCCAGCGGCCGUGGCUCGACUGCCUGUGGAUCGUGCUGGCGCUGCUGGUCUUCUUUGGGGACGUGGGCACCGACCUGUGGCUGGCCCUCGACUACUACCGCAAGGGGCACUACGGCUGCUUUGGGCUGACCCUUUUCUUCGUGUUGGUGCCGUCGCUGCUGGUGCAGAGCCUGAGCUUCCGCUGGUUCGUGCAGGACUACACGGGCGGCGGGCUGGGUGCCGUGGAGGGGCUCAGCAGCAGGGGCCCCCCGAUGUUGGGGGCCGGCUACGGCCACGGCGCGGCCCGCGGCCCGGGCGCAGGGGGCUCGGCCACGCCGGGGGCGCAGCGCCUGUGCCGCCUGUCGGUGUGGAUCUGGCAGUCGGUCAUCCACCUGCUGCAGAUGGGGCAGGUGUGGAGGUACAUCCGCACCAUGUACUUGGGGAUUCAGAGCCAGCGGCAGAAGGAACACCAGCGACGCUUCUACUGGGCCAUGAUGUACGAAUACGCGGACGUAAACAUGCUGCGGCUCCUGGAGACCUUCCUGGAGAGCGCGCCCCAACUGGUGCUACAGCUCUGCAUCAUGAUCCAGAAGAACAAUGCAGAGACUCUGCCCUGUGUCUCCUCUGUGACUUCCCUGAUGUCCCUGGCUUGGGUGCUAGCCUCCUAUCACAAGCUGCUGCGGGACUCCAGGGACGACAAGAAGAGUAUGAGCUACAGAGGGGCCCUCAUCCACCUCUUCUGGCGCCUCUUCACCAUCUCAUCCAGAGUUAUCUCUUUUGCCCUCUUUGCUUCCAUCUUCCAGCUCUACUUCGGAAUCUUCGUGGUGGUUCACUGGUGUGCCAUGGCUUUCUGGAUCAUCCAUGGCGGAACCGACUUCUGCAUGUCCAAGUGGGAGGAGAUCCUCUUCAACAUGGUGGUAGGGAUUGUGUACAUUUUCUGCUGGUUUAACGUCAAGGAAGGGCGGACUCGAUAUCGAAUGUUUGCAUAUUAUACGAUAGUUUUGACCGAGAAUGCUGCCUUGACGUUCCUUUGGUAUUUUUACAGAAACCCAGAGACCACUGACUCCUAUGCAGUGCCAGCACUGUGCUGUGUUUUUGUUAGUUUUGUGGCUGGGAUCGCAUUGAUGCUCUUAUAUUAUGGUGUGCUGCAUCCCAUGGGGCCACGAGCUAAGAUCUUUGCCAGCUCCUGUUGUGCCGAGCUGCUCUGGGGCAUCCCUCUGCCCCCCGAUGUUGAGCCCAUGGCGCCUCAGACCCCUGGGUACCGGGGGACACAGGUCACGCCUACCAGAGCCGUCACGGAACAACAGGAGGAUCUCACGGCCGACACUUGCUUACCCGUUUUCCAAGUGAGACCCAUGGAGCCCUCUACUCCAUCUGGGCGUCCAUACCACCCAGAAGGGCCCCUCAUUAAGAUUGACAUGCCAAGAAAGAGGUAUCCAGCCUGGGAUGCCCACUUUGUAGACAGGAGGCUGAGAAGGACUAUUAACAUUCUGCAGUACGUCACCCCCACGGCAGUAGGCAUUCGGUAUCGGGAUGGACCACUCCUUUACGAGUUGCUACAGUAUGAGUCUUCACUCUAAGAGCGUCUUGACCCAAGUUGAGACGGGGACCUUCAGUUUGGUUUGCGGUAAACACCGCUUGCAAGAAAUAUAAUCCCCCCUCCCCCCAAUACACCGAACCACCACCACCACCACCACCACCUCCUCCACCACUACCACCCACGCUACACACACACAAAAAGGAAAAUAAUAAGUCACAACAACCCCUUCAGAUAAGCUUUCUUUCCAGUCACUAUAUGUAUACAAAGAUAUUCUCUAUGUUUUGUAAGUAAAAACAAAAAGAAAACCUUUCUUUUGUUUUUUACACAUAAACAGUAUUUAAAAAAAAAAAUCCCACACUAUGAUUCAUAGGGUGGAGAAGGAGGAGACAUCUCCACUCCAAAAGAAAAAAAAAUGUUUUAUACCUUACACCAAGUGUAGAUCAUUUACAGGAUUGGUGCUGAUUGAAAGAAUAAAACAAAAACAAAAACAAAAACAAAACAAAACAAACAACAAAAAAAAACCUUCAACUGCCUUAUGCCCUUAGGUGCUGAGUUUCAUUAAGUACUGUCACGUUUUCUCAUGCAAAGCUCUCUGGUGACUUUGGCACCAGCAGAGGAAAAAUUAAAUAAUCAAAUGAAACAAAUCUAGAGAUGAAACAAAAACCAAUAGACAAAACAGUGAAACAUUCUUCCUAUCUGAUAAUUUGUGUGGAGAAAAACAAAUUUACCAAAAGUAAAGGCAAGAAACCUUUCCCUUUUUUUUGUUUUUACUCCUCCCUUUCCUGUGGUCCCUUCUCCCCCCCAGUUAUCAGCAUCUUCUAGGAGCUAAAUGGCUAUUUGAAAUUCAAAUGGUCUGACAAGCUACUUGAAGGCUGACUAUGUGCCAUUUUAGCAUUCACCUAGCAAGAAUCAUACCUGUUUCCUGGCAAAAAGCUAAACUGGGUAACAACAAAAACAAACAAAACUAAUAAUGGGAACUGGAAAUCUAAAGCAAAUUAAAAGAAUUUUCCAUAUAUAUAUCAACAAAGAGGAUCAGUAAUAAUAAAACUCAGCAUGGUAGCAAAAA